GCUCCCCCAACAAUGAGGACCUUUCCAUUACUUCCAUCCUCGCAGGGACAGAAGGUGCAGGUGUGUCCCACGCUAACCCCCGGGGAACCUCCGCCAGGUAUUAGGGAAUACCUGAGAAGAAUACGGAAAAAUAAGGUCAGCUGAAACUGUCAAUCACGCAGGGACAGGAAGUGCUCGCUGUGAGCGGUGGGUAUGUUUCCAGACAGUGACCCCAGUGAGCGACGGAAGACGCCGAUGGUUCCUCAGUGUAGGAAUCCCAUCUUCCUCCAUACUUUUCACUUCACAGUCUGUGACCAGGACCUUCACAAGCGACUGCUUUUCACAGUGUGGAAUUCUGACUCCGCCACCAGGCUGAGUGUGUUGCUGGGCUGCAUGAGCUUUGGCGUGCGCGCCCUCAUACAAGCACGGAAGGAGGUCCGAGGAUGGUACUACCUGCUCGGGGAGGAAGUGGGGAGGAGGAAGCACCUUCGAGUGCAACGCACCUCGCACGUCACAGAGGCUGUGCUGUCAAACCAUGGUGCUGCUCCUGAGACCAACCGCCCUGAGAAUAUGCAAUGCUUAACGGUGACCAUCCUUCGAGGCAAGGAUGGAUACGGCUUCACCAUCUGCUCGGAUUCCCCUGUGAGGGUGCAGGCAGUUGACCCAGGAGGCCCGGCGGACCAGGCAGGUCUACAGCAGCUGGACACGCUCCUGCAGCUCAAUGGUCAGCCUGUGGAGCAGUGGAAAUGUGUGGACUUGGCCCACGCUAUCAGAAACAGCGCCAAUGAAAUCAAGGUGGUGGUGUGGCGCACGGGCCCCUCCGCCAAGCCAAGCUUCGAGGGUCUGAUCCACCGCCCCUCCUACAAGCACGCCUCCAACUACGAGACCCCCUCGCCGCCCGUCCGCAGGCACGCCCCGGAUCCGGGCGCCGGUCGAACCCCUCCGGCCGUGCCCCCGCUCCCGGCUCACCACCGGGCCACCGCCGCCCGCAGGCUGCUGGUCAACGGCUCGGAGGGCACCCCCGCCGGCACCCUGGGGGUGGGCACCCUGAGGUGGGACGCCCAGGGGGGGUCGGCCGAAGAGCUGGACGGGAAGCCGCGGCUCCUCCACCACCCUCACACGGCGACGCUGAAGGGCACCAGGGUGAAGGCGUCCAACGGGGACAACUACAUCAUCCUGUCCCCCAUCGACCCCGGAAGCCAGGUCUUGAGGCCUGUUUAUCAGGACAAUCAGAGAACACUGGGACUUCCAGCCAACAGGUUGUAUCCACCGCGACAAGCGUCUGGCUCACAGAACCAGGCGGGUGGUGCAAGUGCAACCUUCUCACCGGAGAUUAGCAGCAGCACCGCUGGAGGCGAAGGCGGAAGAUGCGGCCCUUUCUCCAGCCGCGCCGGCUUCCUGCGCCGCUCCAAUAACGCCAAGACGGCCAAAACCAACUCCAACUACCAGCAGCACAGCCCCAACUUUGCAAACUACCAGAACUGUACCAUAGUGCGCUCGCACGUACCGCGUGGAAACAACUAUGGAUACGUUACUGUGGCGCCCAAGAUCCUCAUCUUCCCCAUCUUUGUUCAGCCUCUGGACUUGUGCAGCCGAGCUCUCAUCCUGACGGAAGAGAUGAUCCUCCACGAAAGCAAGCAUCAUGUGCUAAAGGUAACAGUGUUCGUCUACACCGACCUGAUGCUGGUCACUAGAGAGGACGAGCCCGGCAGGUGUAACGUCCUUCAGAGUCCCUUAUUCCUGCGACACCUGCGACUACAGGACGAUUACGCUGAAGAACUGAGAUUCUACCUCAUUCACAUGACCGAGAAAUGUGACUGCCUGCUCAGCCUGGAAGCGUAUUCGGCAGACCAGAAGCAUCGUGUGUGCCAGUGCCUGAAGGACAACAUUGACCAGCAGCUCCAGCUUCACAGAAGGGAUCCCGCCAUUGAUCACUUCGAUCAGAUGUUGGAGCCAAAGAUGGAUGCCCCCCCUUGCGAGUUGGGUGGAGUCGGGGCGGACCGAGACGGCGUUUGCCUCCACCGGCCGCCACGGGGCUCCGAAGGCGAGGAGAGCAGCCUGUACCCGUCCAGUCCCUCGGAACCCUUGACCCUGAGCAGCUCUCACCCCUCGGAGCCGCUCACCCCUCUGCAUGAGGUGUACUUGCCCCUCGGUAGCCUGGGGGGGUCCGAGGAGCGGCAUAAGGUGCCGCCCACACCGCCGCCUUCCACCGAGGGCGAGGACUGGAAAAGUAUGGAGGGACAUGAGAUGGAGAUCUGGAGAGAGGACAGGAGAGAGUACGAGGAAGAGGACGGCGUGAGCAGGAAGAGCGAGUUGGAAGAAGACGAGGUCAACUUCGUGGUGUCCGUCCCAGACGAGGACAACGCCUCCGAACCGCCGGACACCAACGCCCCGCCUUCGUCCUCCUCGUCCUCGUUCGUCAUCCCCGAGCUGCGCCUGGACCGCUCCUUCAGCGCCGACGCCCUCUCCUCCACCAACACGGACGAGGAGGAGUACGACGAGGAGGACGAGGAGGACUCCGAGGAGGAGGACGAGGAGGAGGACGAGGAAGAGGACGACAGCGACGACGCCUACCUGGAGCGCAGCGACAGCAAGCUGCGCUCCAUGGUGGAGGGCGCCACCUGCGAGAAGCACGGCGGCGGCGGCGGCCUGAGCGUGCAGAACUCCCUGCGCCGGCGCACCCACAGCGAGGGCAGCCUCCUGCAGGACCCCCGCACGCCGUGUUUCACCUCGGACAACGCCAUCAACUGCCUGGAGGCGGGCGGGGCGCGACACAAGGGCGGCUGGACGCUUCCCUCGCCCAAGACCCUGAAGAAGGAGCUGACCAAGAAUGGCGGCUCGAUGCAUCAGCUGUGUAUGCUCUUCUCUGGCAGGAAGCUCAGCUCCGGAUCCCCCUGCAGCUGCGAGGUCGGUCCAGACGGCGCAAAGAAGAAGAAGUCCAAGAACCUGGCCAAAGACAUGAAGAACCGCUUGGCUUUCCUGCGGCGGAGGAACGAAUCGCCGGGAAGCAACCCAGCCGGAAAGUUGGACAAAACCAUGAAGUCAGUCAAGCCCACCCCGGAGGAGGCACUCAAGUGGGGGGAUUCACUGGACAAGCUGCUGGGACACAAGUAUGGUCUGGCAGCCUUCAGAGCUUUCCUGCGCACCGAGUUCAGCGAGGAGAAUCUGGAAUUUUGGCUGGCGUGUGAGGAGUACAAGAAGAUCAAGUCGCAGUCCAAGAUGGGCUCCAAAGCCAAGAAGAUCUUUGCGGAAUACAUCGCGAUACAGUCUUGUAAAGAGGUGAACCUGGAUUCCUACACCCGGGACCACACCAAGGAAAACCUGCAGAAUGUGACGCGCUCCUGCUUCGACCUGGCCCAGAGGCGGAUAUACGGGCUGAUGGAGAAGGACUCGUACCCUCGCUUCCUGCGCUCGGAACUCUACCUGGACUUGAUCAACCAAAAAAAGUCCAGCUCCACUUCGACGUCCUCUUCGUCAUAAGAGGCAAAAAAAAAAAAACAUCACAUCAUUUUCGUUUUGUCAUUGUUUUUGUUGUGAGAGGACGCGGCCAAGGAUUGUAUUUUCCUUGAGCGGACUGCAAAACCACAAAAAAACAAAACUAAUUGAAGGCUGGAUGCUUGUCUCAUCACUGUCUUUUUUUGUUUGUUUUUUGUCCAGUUGUACUGGAGACAAUGAACAGUCCGGUACUGUUUGUCUUUAUUUUCUACUCAAGAAAUGAAACCACUCGCGUGAACUGUUGUCGGUACGACAAAAAAAAAAUCCUCAUUUCCUGUGGCACGGACGACAUUGUAGCUGACGAGGACGGACGAAGAAUGCGCACGGAUGGACUUAUUUAAAAGACUUCAAUUGUGCACACAGCCAAAAAAGAAACAUAACGAGGAGGCAUUCUCAGGACGUGACGGAUUCCGGGCUUCGGUUUUUCUUCUUGCACUCCGUACUUCUUAUACUGAGCAAUACACGAAAAACAGCAAAAGCGCAAAAACAAGAAAAAGUCACUUGCUGGAUGCUUCUUGAGACGACCUCCUAAAAGCACUCAGCUCUUAAACCACCAAACAGGUCCAACGCUGUCCUGAAAUUUAAAGUGCAAUAUUUUUUUCAUGUUCUGUUAUUAUUUGUUCAUGUAUUUGAAUAAUGUAGACUUCUACGGGGCUUUUGCUCCGUAUUAACUUUAUUUGAUAAGAGAGAAGAAGAAACUUAGAGCUAUAAGUUUGACUUACAGUGUAAACUCUGGUGUAGUUUUAAGCAAGUAUGUGUUCGCCAGCCCCUGGCAGCAGGCAGCCGGGAAUGGUUGUGUAUAUAUAUAUCAUUCUUUAAGAAAAAUACGUGAUAACACAUUUUGGAAAAACAAAAAAAAAACAAAAACAAAGCCACAGUAUGUUUCCACUGGCUGUGAAAGUGGGGAUUCAGCUGUAAUUAUGUACAUAGAGGAGACUCCAAACUAUUAUAAGGUGUUAUGUCGAGGAAAACUAGAGCGACCUCGCCCUCCCAGUUAUACGUACAAAUACAUAAACUGCUUGUAAGGAGUUGGUUUUUUUUUGUUCAUUUGAUCAUUUUCACGGUUCACAAGUCAACAUGCAUCUUCUAGCAAAGUGAAAACAAUAGGUUGCAUCUGGUGUCAAAUGCUAAUGAAAAAUAAAACAAUCCGCUGAACAAAGUC